CGGUGAUAAAUACUCAUCGAGCCACCGAGCCGGCUGCAGCCGUGCACUGCCUCCCUGUCUGUGUCUGUCUCCCGAGGAUAUCAGAGGAGUCCACCUGCCUGUGUCUGAGAUGGAAACCAGGCAACAAGGUUUCCUGGACUCUGAUCCACUGAAAGAAGCCGAUGAAGAUUUGGUGUCAGAGGUCAACUUGAACAACUCCAUCAUGACAGAGGAGGAGAGAGAAGAGGCUCAGCAAGAACUGGCUAAACUGGAAGAGGAGAUCAAUACCCUGAGGCAGGUUUUGUCAUCCAAAGAGAAGCAGCACGCAGAGCUCAAACAGAAACUGGGCAUCGGUCCUCUGAGCGAGCUCAGGAACAACUUCAGCAGAGGCUGGCAAGACAUGCAGAGCUCCACCGCAUACAGGAAGACGUCAGAGACGCUGUCCACAGCAGGACAGAAGACCUCCGCCGCCUUCAGCACCCUCGGCACCACUAUCACCAGGAAGUUUGGAGACAUGAGCUACUCUAUCAAACACUCUAUGAGCAUGCCCACCAUGAGAAACUCUCCCAGCUUCAAGUCUUUUGAGGAGAAAGUUGAAAAUACAGUUUCGACUCUGAAGACAAAGGUUGGUGGCACAGGGGCCGGCGGCAGCUUCGAAGAAGUCCUCUCAUCCACAGCCAACGCCAGCUCUCAGGACACGCCCACCAACAACCUGACAGACAGCUCGGAGAGGCAGUGCUAGAGCUGCAUCCGAAACCGUGAGGCGGGACUAAAAACCAGGAGCUGUAUCACUGAUGUAUCUCAGCACUUUGUCACAUAUCCACUAAAAGCUCUGACUGAAAUGUUACAGAAUCAUUUUAUUUGAAGUCCAAGUCAGGAUCAGGAGGCAGAAAAACCAAAAUCCAGAGGUGAGAGGAAAAAGUGAAUUGUUCUUAAAAUGUGAUCUGAUCUUCAUCUAAGUAGCAACGUGCUUCAGCUAAUUACUCACAGACAAUUGUAAUUAUUCUUAACAGAACAUCCUUUAAAUAUCCACAGUACUGGAGGAAAAAGAACGUGAACCCUCAGAUUUAAACAUUAGUAGAAGUAGAUUUACUUUCAUGUUUAGAUUAUUGGUCCUGCUACUUCACACAUUAACAACAGGCAGACACCCGGACAUCCUCCUGUAAGAAACCCUCAUACACUUAAAGAAUUGGACCCUUAGGGAUUGGAUUGAUUUAUGAUGAAUCUGCUUCUUCAUGAUUGUGAACUUUCCAAACUCAGACAAGAAGCAGUUUCCAUCAUGAUGAUCCGUGCACUGUACUUCUGAAGCUCUCAUGAAUGUUCAAUAUAUUGGUUCUUCCCAAACAAUUUCAAUUCACCCAUUCCCCAGGGAUUACUUCAUGGAUCUUGAUUGAAAAAACUAAUCAGGCACAUUUUGGGAUAUCAAAGAAUUUGGUGCAGCUUGAUGGAAUUUAAGGAGACGGUUGAACUAUGGCUCAGGUGUGAACUCUACUGAGUCACAGUUUGUCUGUGGACUGAUGAAAUGGACAAGAUGAAUUUGUAAUAAUCUCCAGGUUUACUUAACCUGACUUCAGAAAGCUUUUCUACCUCCACUGUUUGAAUAAUGAAUAGAAAAGAAAGAUCCAAUAAUUUGUAGAGUUGAAACACGUGGCUUGUCUGUUAUUGUAAUUUAAACAACUCAUUCUGAUGUCUGAAAACAAGUUUAUACAUAAAUGCAGAUAUUUCCAGAGGGUUCACUUACUUUUUCUUCCCUCGGUUUAUUUUUAUCCUGUCACUGAGCAUCGUGGGGUUUGUUCCUCUGUUAGCGUCAAAUCACAACUAGAAUCUCAGCAACAAAACCUUGAUCCCUGAUUGUGCUUUGUGGAAACAGUCUCACUGGACUGAUGACAUAACUACCACUCUUCAACUGCAUUACGAGAAAUACAAAACUACAGUUUAGGUUCUUAUAAGAAAUAUGUGUUUGAUUUAAAAGCGUAGUAAUUUUGAAACUAUAUGUAUAUAACACCUACUGAUGUUGUAUAAUUGAUUAUACACUAAGACAGGAUAUGUGCUCCUGCAGGGAAUCUGUAGGUUUUAAAAGUCUUAAACAGCAUGGAACUCAUUAGAUUUGUUUUCUUCAAAAAGGCCUUAGAAAGUAUUCAAAGUUUUUAUUACUCCAAAACCUAUUGAAAGCUUUAUAUGCACCAAAAAACACCAAAUACAAAAACACUUUGUAGCUAAAACCAGCAAAUGUUUGACAUUUUUGCUUUAAGAUUUUAUUAUAGUACCUAAAGAUUUUUCGUAAAGUGCAGUCAAACAACUUGCUGAAUGUAAAACACAUUUGCUGGCGCUCUUUUCAAUGCUGGAUCACACUAAGGAUAUUUACCUCCGUUCAUUCACACUACAGGAUCAAUUGGUUUAUAUAUGAAGCAAUGAAACAGCAAAUUUCACUGCACAUAGAUUUGGACACAUUGUUUAUGAAUAAAUGUAAUGAUGGCGUGUCGGUUUCUAAUGACCAACAAAUAAAGAAUCUGAUAAAUCACGGAUGAUGAAAUCUGAUGCUGGAUACAGAGAGAGACUGAGGAUCUGUAUUAUGAGCUAAAGAGAUCUUUUUAACUUUGAGGUCAGUAUAAAACGGUGUAGCUGUACUUGAUCUGAAUAUUCUCAACGUGUUUUUUGUGUCACCUGCUGCUGAUUCACAGGAUAUAACUUGUACAUGUACUGUAGUAUCAGACUGUAACACAACCUGUAAUGUGACCCUGAAACCCAGAACACGCCGCUACUUACACCAGCUCAGAUCUGAACCUGUUUAAAGCCGAAAGAAAGUGUUGAAUUUUUUACCUUCACCAUUAGAAGGUUGACAUCACCAAAGAUACAAUAAAUCUGAUCAUGUCUUUUUCAAUAAA